AUGGGCCCGAGCCGCAAUUCUCUUUCCACUCAGAACACCCCAGCCGGUCAGGGACUCCAGGAUCUAGGCCAUCCUCUCUCAGGAAUAAGCCGUGUGUCUCGCGCAUGUGAGCGCUGUCGCCUGCGCAAGGUUCGAUGCGAUGGCCAUGAACCAUGCGCGCGUUGUAGAGAACAGGAGUCGAACUGCUCCUAUCGACCUGGCAAGUCACGCAACCGGCCACGCCGCCCCAAAAUCCAAGCUCGUCGUCCUCCAGUACAGUCUCCCACCCGGCAGUCCCCGGCUAUCGACAAUCCCUCCACGACCCCAGUCCCUGAAUCACUGUCACAGGGAGUGACAUCCCCGUCCGGCUACUGGCGGGUAGGCAUUCAAACCGGGAUUGGGGUAUCGAACUCGGAGACCGGGGCAUUUCAAUUCUACGGCCCUUCGUCCCAGUAUGCCUUCCUACAACGAGUAUACGACCGUUUACAUCCGGGGUUCGAGGCGAAUCAAUUCGACUCGGCCGGUUCCGUCCCCACGGGGCUGCGCGCCUGGGGACUGGAGACUUUCAUCUUCUCCUCGCCUCCGCAUCAUGUGCCUCAACCUCGCGUGGAAUCCUUUCUUCCCCGAAAUCUAGGCGAGCUAUUCAUCCGAAGCUACUUCAAGCUCGUCCAUCCGCAAAUGCCAAUCCUGGUCUACGCAGACGUGAUGGCCCAGUGGGCGCAGUCCUGGAAGCCUCCCGCUUCCAAGAACAAUCCCGUCAGAGCCCGAGAGAUCCUGCAUAUGGUUCUCGCGAUCGGAGCGCUGGUUGCACCGCCAUCGGGGUCGGAAGCCUUGGCUUUGAGCAACAGCUGGGCAGAAUACUUUGCUCAGAGUGUCGAUAUACCCCUGUCCGUCAUGACCGAGCCCACCUUGCAGUUAGUCCAUACUCUAUUGCUGAAGGCUCUUUACGCCCAACAGGUGAUGCGGCCCAAUGAAACCUACCUUCACCUUGGCUACGCCGUCCGCGCCGCCCUAGCGCUCGGGAUCAAUCGAGCUCCCGUGGUCAACGGGUACGGCUCGAACAUGCAUCACCUCAAGAUGACCAUCUGGCUGACCUUUGCCUUCGAACGCGUGACGGCGCUGCUGGUGGGCCGCCCCUCGUGCUUACGGGAUGAGCAGAUCGACGCGCCCUACCCGCAGGACCAGCCGCCGCCGCCGGCGGUGGGUGACCUCUCGCCACAGCUCGCCAUCGAUCGGAGCGCCUUCGUGCGGGUUCUCGCGGAUAUCGGCAAACUGGCCGAUGGGAUUUUGACCCGCAUCUACCCGCUGGGCACGCUGUCCGCAGCGGAACAGUACCUGGUGGAGAGCAACAUGCAAGAGCUCGACGCGCGCCUCCUCGCCAUCGCGGAGCAGUUACCCGACUACCUGAACUUCCUGGACGAAGACUCCUCCGUCGGCGACGGGUGGCAGGAGAUCCAACGCCUGCACCUGGGUCUGCUCUACCAUACGCUGCGCAUGCUCAUCCACCGGCCGGUGGUGGUGUUCACCACCUUCUUCGACUCGAACCGCGAGGCCCAGCAGCAUGCGCGCGGGGUCAUCCAGUUGCAGGAGUCGAUCGACAUCUCGAUCAGUUCGGCCCGUAACAUCAUCCGCUUCGCCCAGGAGAGCCUGGGGACGCGGCAGCCCGACGCCCGCUCCGACGGAUCCCUCGCCAGCUAUCUGGUGGCCGCCUGCAUCACACUGCUGUAUCAGGUGCUCGAUCCGGCCACCGCGAUCGCGUAUGCGAAAGAAACCUUCGCGGUGGUCGAGCAGGCGGUGCAAUGCCUGGAUAAUAUGAAUCAUCUGGGCCCCCGGACCGGAAAGAUCCUCAGCACCGAGAUCUUGCGGAUCGCCAAGGGUGUUUUCUGUUCGUCGACCAGAGAGGAUCCGCUCGACCUUUCACUAAUCAAUGAGUUCCCCUGGCUUGAUGUAUCACCCUCGACUGAGAUGGAUCUCACCGGUCCACUUCCGGAUCCCACGUUAGGUGGAACCUCGAUAACACAGCAUCUUCGUGCCUGGCCCUUCCAGUUAGACUUGACGGCUGCGGAGCCGGCAACCAUCGACCCCACCACUAAUCCACCCACCGCAGAUCCCAGCUUUGUCAACUCGAAUCUCGACCUCAAUCAAAGCAGAUAUUCUGCUGCCGCGCACUUGGUACCUGAUACCCUUGCAUCCUGUUUUAUCUGAGGGGGGAGAGGUCUUAUGCCCGGCGACAGGGAUUGUCUCCGCCAAACAGGUCGGUGUUAUAAAGCCCCGUGAAGAAAGUGAUAGUAGCAUUGCGGGGUUGGGGAAGAUAUUCUCGACAUUGAGUUGUAAGCAAAGGCGGAUUAAAUUAGUAAAGCUUUCUGACACAAAGCCACGCGAGCGAAUUAAGUAGAAGGACGC